CUUGCUUCUGGAAGAGUUCCUUCCUGGUCUUCUUGGUUCUGAGGAGAGGAAUCAUUGUAUCCAGGUGUUGUUAGAGCCACUUCGUCUGUGUAAUUGGAGGAAAGUCACCAAUGGCCUCUGCCAGGAAGGUCCCUGAGAAGCGCCAUAACCCAGUGGAAAGCAUCUGUAGAAAAAUCAGAGCCAUCCAAAGGAGAGAAGCAAUUUCGAAUCCCAUUCGACAGAUAAUCAAAUACCAGUCUAGCAGUUUUGAUAGUCCACAGACCAACACCAAGAAAAAUUUUGAAGAGGUACUGAGGAAACUGACAGCUGCUCACAUUCCUAUGCCAGACUCUCAUUUGUCAAGUUCUGAGAAAGUUGACACCUUCACUUCAUCUCCUCAAAUAAUAUCUCCAAGAACCCCAUCCAUUGCUCUCCUCAGCCCCCCUGAGACUGAGACCUACUCUGUUAUUCUCACAAGUUCUGAAAACAUCUCAAAGCCAAGGUCAGAAAGCAAUAAGAGUUAUACAUCUUUGAUGUCACAGAUCAGAAAAGAGGAGUUCUUCUGGAACAAGGGUUUGCAUAACUAUUGUAGGGAAAAUAAUUUUAGUACCUGGACACUUGAUUUUGAUUCCAACUUUUGUCAAAGCUCUGAAUGUUUUGAUCCUCAGGAUUCAGUGGUGAAGAAAUUAUCUCUGAAUGAAGAUGGAUGGAAACAAGGAGCUGCCGAUGGCAAAGAUGUAACAGAUAGCACCAACAGGGCCUGUGAGGAAGAGGUGCUCACAGGUAUAUUUUAUGCAUGUGACACAAAACACAAAGGCUCAGUCAGAGUGACCAAAAUAAUGGAUUACCUGAGACAAACACAUAGCCAAGAUUCUGAAGACAGUGGCCUUGAGGAGCUGUGGAACAUGCUGGAUCCUGAGAAGAAAGACCCCCAUGUGGAUCUGGAAACUUUCCAGGCCCUCAUGAAAGAAUGGAUGGCUUACUGUAGAAACAAAUGGGAAGGAGUGAAUAGUAGAUUGAGCAGCAGCAUCGAUGAUUCUGUAUUUGAACAACAGGACAGUCCUCAAUCAAGUGGAGCAAUUAAGAUGACCACAGGUAGGACAGAUUUUACGUCAGGGAGCUUUGAGGCUUUGGGUGGAGACACGUCUAGAGGAGUCUUAGAGGUAUCUGAUUUGAUCACCUAUGUAGCUGACCUACAUUUCAACAAGCAGAAAUUGGAAGAGGAAAAUAAUAAGUUUAAGUUGGCAUUAGAAACUUUGGAGGAAACUAACAGCCAGUUAUCAGAGGACUGUGCUGAAUUACGCCUUCAGAUUAAAAGUGCCCACCAGGCUAUUAUGAGAGCAAAUCUGUUAAAAGAAGAGCUGGAGGAACUGAAACUGAGCAUGACUGCCUCGGAAGAGCAGAAGGCCGUGACGGUAGCCCAGAACAAACAGUUAGAGACAGAAAACCGGGCUCUAAUUCUUAAGAUUCGGAUUCUACAGGAAGAGAACAUUAAGAACAUCAUGGAUAUAGACAGACUGGAAAAGAGGAUUGAGGAAUUGUCUAAGACCAAGACAGAGCACCAAAUGCAGUUAUACAUGUAUGAGAAUAUUUUACUUAAUAAAGACGCAAGUUUGCAGAAGAAGGAUUUAAGUAUAGAAGAACUUAAGUCAACCAUCAUAGAAUGCAGAAGCAUUAUAGAGAAUUUACGAGGGGACAAAAAUAAACUGAUUCAAGAAUUACAGCAUUUGCAACAGGAACUCAUCAUAAAUGGGAUCCGGUUGAACGUUAGUGGAGAGCGUAAUAGUAUCAUCUCUGGAGAAAAAUCCUUACAUUAUGAACUCAUUCUUGCUCAGUCUGCAGAGAACAAAGAGACUGAGUGGCAGUGCAGUUUAGUCAGCUUGUCAUCUCUGGACAUGAUGAUGGACCAGGAAAUGCUGCUCUUACUAGGAGAAGCUGAACAAAAGGGAGUAGAAUUCACAGCUACGCUUCAGAAGCCGCAUGAAGAAGUUUCUGAAGUUGAAACCCUCAUUGAGAGAUUCCUACAAUGGGUAACUAACCCAGAAAUUACUAUGAAAGAAAAGUGGGAGAGACAGCUUACUGAAUUCAAACAUACUGUGGAAAAGAAGCUAAACUUUUGCAUACUAAUGCUGGGCAGCGUGGAAAACCACAAAGAAUCUCUUGAUAAAGAGUUUGCCAAAUUAAUGGAGAUUUUGAAGAGAUUGAGGCUGGAAUAUUUUUAUUUUAGAAAAGAAUUUCUUUCCAGUCAGAAACAGCUAGAAGCCAUUAAACAACUGCAAGAAGAUGCUGUCAACCAGGAAGCCAUCCUCAGGAAGAGGCUCCAGGAAGCCAGCCAACGGCUGGCGGAUGCAGAGGAACAGGUUAAGGAUCGAGAUCGGGCAGCCCACUCUGCCAGGGAAAAAGCUGCGUCUCUACUGCAGAAAUUAGAGGAAGCAAUUUCAGAACAAUGGAACCUGCAAACUAUAAAUACUGAGAUACCGAACGCUUGCCAGACACUUGAGCAGAAGACAAGAAAACUGAAAACAACAAUUGAGUCGCUUCGAAAGAAGUUAAUUGAAAGGGGACUCCAUGGCUUGCUAUUUCAGAGCUGUUUAGAUGAAAGAUUUCCUUACUAUGAUCCCCUGUCCUGCACAGAUACAGUUCAACAACCUCUUAAAGAAAAAUUGAAGCAGUGUUGCCACAAACUAUAUGGUGGUCAAGAGACAAGAAUACAUCAGAUACCCCUGACCUUGAAACAUACGUGCUGGUAUACACCUCUGCUGGAUGCCUUGUCUCUGGAUAGUCUUACAGCGAUUCCAAGGCUGGAAGUGACACCCUUCUCAUGUGUAGCCAACCGAAUCCAUGCUUCGUGUGAAAGGCCCAAAUAUGAAGAAAUAAAGGAUGGUGCUUUGGAUGUGACAAGACGACACAAGUCUCCAGGCCCCGCAGGCGGCCCCCACCCAGAGACAGAUCUUUCAGGUUGCUUUAGGAUGAAUGAUGACCUAAGGAUGGAAGAGAAUGGUGUUGAACACUUGCGUGCUGAGAGCCCACCGCACUCCAGGGAACAUCCCAUACUACCAUCACCCAGACACGCUUCAUCCACUGACAGUACUGUAACUUCAAGUGAUUCAGGAUCAGAAAUUUUGAAUAUGGCUUCUAGUGACCUUGACGGUAAAUCACUCUGUAAGACAGAGGAGGCUGCGUCUACCAUGGUGGAGACCCAAGGCACAAGUCCAGCUCAUGAGAAUAUUGCAUGCCAGGACUCUAUGAAUAAGGAUAAAACCGUAUUAACUAUGGAAGCCAAAAAGGAACCAGAGACAAUAGAAGAACAUAAAAAAGAAUGUGCUUCAGGAGACACUGCUGUUUCUCCUCUUCCUGUGACCACUGUGAAAUCCGUUAACUUUAGACAAAGUGACAACACUUCUGCUAAUGAGAAGGAGGUGGAGGCAGAAUUUCUCAGAUUAUCUUUGGGAUUUAAGUGUGACUGGUUUACCUUGGAGAAAAGAGUGAAACUUGAAGAGAGGUCCCGUGAUUUGGCAGAAGACAAUUUGAAGAAAGAAAUCACUAACUGUUUAAAGCUAUUAGAGUCUUUAACGCCUCUGUGUGAAGAUGACAACCAGGCCCAGGAAAUAAUUAAGAAGCUGGAGAAGAGUAUCACAUUUCUUAGCCAGUGCACAGUGCGAGUGGCCAGUAGGGCUGAGAUGCUGGGAGCCAUUAAUCAGGAAAGCCGGGUUAGUAAAGCAGUUGAAGUGAUGAUUCAGCAUGUAGAAAACUUGAAGAGAAUGUAUGCCAAAGAGCAUGCUGAAUUAGAAGAACUGAAACAAGUUCUUUUGCAGAAUGAAAGGUCUUUCAAUCCUCUUGAAGAUGAAGAUGACUGCCAAAUUAAAAAACGUUCAGCUUCUCUAAACUCCAAGCCAUCUUCUCUUCGAAGAGUGACCAUUGCCUCUUUACCUAGAAAUAUUGGAAAUGUAGGAAUGAUGGCUGGGAUGGAAAAUAAUGACCAAUUCAGUAGGAGGUCAAGCAGUUGGCGUAUUUUGGGGUCAAAGCAGAGCGAACACCGUCCCUCAUUACAUCGAUUUAUUAGCACCUAUUCCUGGGCAGAUGCUGAAGAAGAAAAAUGUGAACUAAAAACUAAAGAUGACUCAGAACCACCUGGAGAAGAAGUAGUAGAAAGAACAAGGAAGCUAAGUCUUUCUGAAAAGAAAAACAAUUCAUCAAAGUGGGAUGUCUCUGCAGUUUAUGACACAAUAGCUUCCUGGUCAACAAAUCUCAAGACUUCCCUCAGAAAGGCUAACAAGGCACUCUGGCUUUCUCUUGCACUCAUUGUACUGUUUGCAGCUUUGAUGAGCUUCCUCACAGGCCGAUUUUUCCAAAAGUCCGUGGAUGCUGCUCCCAUACAGGAAGGGGACACCUGGAUAUCUUUAGAACAUAUCUUGUGGCCAUUUACCAGACUCCAACACAACGGGCCACCACCAGUGUGACAGCAGCACAUGCUAAUAUAUGUAUCUUGAUUUUUAAAGUUUCAGCAUCUGAACUUUAUAAAUUAGUAACUUUUAGCUGGGAAAGUAUAGCAUGAAACCAGAGGUUUUCAGAAUAAUGACUGUAAGAUAUUUUACAUUCCCUCUUUUUCCAAUUAUCUCCCCAACUAAAAUACAAGGAGGAAGAAGCCUGCCUGUGAUCUUUUAAUGAGUUUUUGAGGAAGAAAUAUUAUAUUGUUUUGUUAAAGUUUAUUGAAAUAAAGAAUCAUUCAAAUCUU